AACGCAUCAGUAGAAUACUUUUUUUUCGACAUUUGCCAUUUCAUUCAUUUGUGUAUGUGGCAGGCAGCUGCUGUUGUAGAUUAUUCAUUAUAUUUCUCCGAAUUAGGACAAAUAUCUACCCCCUUUUUUCCUUCAUGUAGAAUUUAAUAAAUUUACUCCGCGAUUUUCUAAGGUCGCAUUUUGUCCGGUUCAGUGUUGUUGCGGUAAUAGAUCGAAUAACUAUGGCCCAAGUUUUACCUAUACGUUUCCAAGAGCAUUUACAGCUCACAAAUGUGGGCAUCAACCCAGCAUCCAUAUCAUUCAGCACCCUCACCAUGGAGUCGGACAAAUUCAUCUGUGUCCGAGAAAAGGUGGGGGAAACAGCACAGGUGGUCAUCAUCGAUAUGGCAGAUCCCACCAACCCUAUCCGCAGACCAAUCAGUGCUGAUUCUGCUAUUAUGAACCCAGCCAGUAAGGUCAUUGCACUCAAGGGGAAGGCUGGAGUUGAAGCCCAAAAAACGCUUCAAAUCUUCAACAUUGAGAUGAAGUCCAAGAUGAAGGCGCACACCAUGACUGAAGACGUAGUGUUCUGGAAGUGGAUCUCCUUAAAUACCCUGGCGCUGGUCACCAAGAUGUCCGUUUACCAUUGGUCGAUGGAAGGGGACUCGACGCCAGUGAAAAUGUUCGACAGGCAUUCCUCACUAGCCGACUGCCAAAUCAUUAAUUACCGGACUGAUCCGAAACAGCAGUGGCUGUUGCUAGUUGGCAUCUCCGCACAACAGAAUCGCGUAGUAGGUGCAAUGCAACUCUAUUCAGUAGAGCGCAAGUGUUCGCAACCGAUCGAAGGUCACGCUGCGUCGUUCGCCACCUUCAAGGCCGAGGGCAACGCUGAGCCGUCAACGCUUUUCUGUUUUGCCGUAAGAACGGCACAAGGUGGCAAACUGCAUAUUAUUGAGGUGGGCCAAACUCCUGCGGGUAAUCAGCCCUUCCCCAAGAAAGCGGUCGACGUGUUUUUCCCUGCCGAGGCACAGAAUGACUUUCCAGUCGCCAUGCAGGUGUCACCGAAAUACGACGUCAUAUACCUGAUCACUAAGUAUGGCUAUAUCCACAUGUAUGAUAUCGAAACCGGCACAUGCAUCUACAUGAACCGUAUCUCAUCCGACACCAUUUUUGUGACUGCCCCUCAUGAAGCAACUGGUGGUAUUAUUGGCGUGAACCGCAAAGGUCAAGUGCUCUCUGUAACAGUGGAGGAAGACUCCAUAGUGCCGUACAUAAACACGGUGCUGCAGAACCCCGAGCUGGCAUUGCGGCUAGCGGUGCGCAACAACCUCGCCGGAGCUGAAGAGCUGUUUGUUAGGAAAUUCAACAUGCUCUUCACUAACGGACAGUACGGCGAGGCCGCUAAGGUAGCAGCAAUGGCUCCCCGUGGUAUACUGCGGACGCCGCAGACCAUCCAACGAUUCCAGCAGGUGCCCACACAGCCGGGGCAGACGUCACCGCUGCUGCAGUACUUCGGCAUCCUGCUCGACCAGGCACAGUUGAAUAAGUUCGAGUCACUCGAGCUGUGCCGGCCCGUACUGCUACAAGGCCGCAAACAACUUCUUGAAAAAUGGCUGAAAGAAGAAAAACUGGAAUGUUCUGAAGAAUUGGGUGAUUUGGUGAAGCAGGUGGAUCCGACGCUCGCGUUAUCAGUGUAUCUGCGCGCCAAUGUAGCCAGCAAAGUGAUACAGUGCUUCGCGGAGACUGGCCAGUUCCAGAAAAUUGUCCUGUAUGCCAAGAAGGUUGGCUACACACCUGAUUAUAUUUUCCUGCUACGUUCCGUAAUGCGUACCAAUCCUGAACAAGGAGCAGGGUUUGCGGGAAUGCUAGUCGCGGAAGAGCCUCCUUUGGCCGAUAUUAAUCAGAUAGUUGACGUGUUUAUGGAACAAAACAUGGUGCAGCAGUGCACUGCUUUCCUACUCGAUGCUCUCAAGAACAAUCGACCCGAAGAGGGGCCGCUGCAGACUAGAUUGUUGGAGAUGAACCUGAUGUCAGCGCCGCAGGUGGCGGAUGCUAUCCUCGGCAACGCGAUGUUUACGCACUACGACCGCGCGCACGUGGCGCAGCUGUGCGAGAAGGCCGGCCUGCUGCAGCGCGCGCUCGAGCACUACACGGACCUCUACGAUAUCAAGCGCGCCGUGGUUCACACCCACCUGCUCUCUGCUGACUGGCUGGUCACAUACUUUGGGAGCUUAUCAGUGGAAGACUCCCUUGAGUGCUUGAAGGCAAUGCUCCAAGCCAACAUCCGACAGAAUCUGCAGAUCUGUGUCCAAAUUGCCACCAAAUACCAUGAACAGCUUACCACCAAGGCACUCAUUGAGCUGUUUGAGAGCUUCAAGACUUAUGAGGGUCUAUUCUACUUCCUUGGAUCAAUUGUUAACUUCAGCCAGGAUUCUGAAGUUCACUUCAAAUACAUUCAGGCCGCCUGCAAGACUGGCCAGAUCAAGGAAGUGGAGCGUAUCUGUCGCGAGUCUAAUUGCUACAACGCGGAGCGCGUAAAGAAUUUCCUCAAAGAGGCCAAGUUGCCUGAUCAACUGCCAUUGAUAAUUGUGUGCGAUCGGUUCGACUUCGUCCAUGAUCUCGUACUUUACCUGUACAGGAACAGUCUGCAAAAGUACAUUGAGAUAUAUGUACAGAAGGUGAACCCAUCUCGCCUGCCUGUGGUUGUCGGUGGUCUUCUGGAUGUGGACUGUGCUGAGGAUAUCAUUAAGAACCUGAUUUUGGUAGUACGUGGACAGUUCUCCACUGACGAACUUGUUGCCGAAGUCGAAAAGAGAAAUAGAUUAAAACUUCUUUUACCAUGGUUGGAGACUCGCGUGCACGAAGGAUGUACAGAGCCGGCCACGCAUAAUGCACUCGCUAAAAUUUACAUAGAUUCUAACAAUAACCCAGAACGAUUCCUCAAAGAGAACCAAUGGUAUGACUCGCGCGUGGUGGGCCGCUACUGCGAGAAGCGCGACCCGCACCUGGCGUGCGUGGCGUACGAGCGCGGCCAGUGCGACCGCGAGCUCAUCGCUGUCUGCAACGACAACUCGCUCUUCAAGACGCAGGCGCGCUACCUCGUGCGCCGCCGCGACCAGGACCUCUGGCUCGACGUGCUCAACGAGGACAACCCCUACAAGCGGCAACUCAUCGACCAGGUGGUUCAAACAGCUCUCUCUGAAACCCAAGACCCAGAAGAUAUAUCUGUAACAGUGAAGGCAUUCAUGACUGCAGAUUUACCAAAUGAACUGAUUGAGUUACUCGAAAAGAUUGUUCUCGACAACUCUGUAUUUUCAGACCACAGGAAUUUGCAGAAUUUGCUUAUACUGACAGCAAUAAAGGCGGAUCGCACACGUGUAAUGGAAUAUAUCAACCGACUGGACAACUACGAUGCGCCAGACAUCGCUAACAUUGCUAUAAAUAAUGAACUCUAUGAAGAAGCAUUUGCUAUAUUCAAGAAGUUUGAUGUCAACACCUCUGCCAUUCAGGUGUUGAUCGAGCAAGUGAAAGACCUGGAGCGUGCGUACGAGUUCGCCGAGCGGUGCAAUGAGCCGGGCGUGUGGUCGCAGCUAGCGAAGGCGCAGCUGCAACAAGGGCUUGUGAAGGAAGCCAUCGACUCGUACAUCAAGGCAGACGACCCCUCCGCCUACAUGGACGUGGUCGCUACCGCCACCAAACAGCAAUCCUGGGAGGACCUCGUGCGGUACUUGCAGAUGGCCCGUAAAAAGGCGCGCGAGUCGUACAUUGAAUCAGAAUUGAUAUACGCGUACGCCCGGACUGGCCGCCUUGCCGACCUCGAAGAGUUCAUCUCGGGGCCCAACCACGCGGAUAUACAGAAAAUUGGAGACCGGUGCUUCGACGACAAGAUGUACAACGCCGCUAAACUGUUGUACAAUAAUGUCAGCAACUUCGCAAGACUUGCCAUCACACUCGUACACCUCAAGGAAUUCCAAGGCGCGGUGGAUAGCGCUCGCAAGGCAAACUCAACCCGCACAUGGAAGGAAGUUUGCUUCGCGUGCGUGGACGCCGGAGAGUUCCGGCUCGCACAAAUGUGUGGUCUCCACAUCGUCGUACACGCGGACGAACUUGAGGACCUCAUAAACUACUACCAGGAUCGAGGUCACUUCGACGAACUGAUCAGUUUAUUGGAGGCAGCGCUCGGCCUGGAGCGAGCACACAUGGGUAUGUUCACCGAGUUGGCCAUCCUCUACUCCAAGUACAAGCCCGCCAAGAUGAGGGAACAUCUCGAACUUUUCUGGUCACGAGUCAAUAUACCUAAGGUGUUACGCGCCGCGGAACAUGCGCACCUAUGGUCCGAGCUGGUGUUCUUGUACGAUAAAUAUGAGGAGUACGACAACGCCGCACUCACUAUGAUGCAACACCCCACCGAGGCAUGGCGUGAAGGACACUUUAAAGACAUUAUUACCAAGGUGGCGAACAUGGAACUGUACUACAAAGCGAUCCAAUUCUACCUCGACUACAAACCAUUACUUCUAAAUGACCUCCUGCUGGUGCUGGCACCGCGUAUGGACCAUACUCGCGCCGUCAACUUCUUCACCAAAGCUGGUCAUUUACAACUCGUGAAAGCGUAUCUCAGAUCCGUACAGAGUCUCAACAACAAGGCUGUCAAUGAGGCACUCAAUUCAUUACUUAUUGAUGAAGAAGAUUAUCAGGGCCUACGAACGUCAAUAGAUGCAUUUGACAAUUUCGAUACAAUCGCAUUAGCGCAACAACUUGAGAAACAUGAACUCACUGAAUUUAGAAGAAUCGCCGCCUAUCUAUACAAAGGCAACAACAGAUGGAAGCAGAGUGUGGAAUUGUGUAAGAAGGACGCUCUGUACGCGGAUGCGAUGGAAUAUGCGUCUGAAUCACGUCAACCUGAAGUGGCAGAAGAACUACUCAACUGGUUCCUGGAGAGAGAUAACUACGAGUGCUUCUCCGCGUGCCUCUACCAGUGUUACGAUCUCCUUAAACCCGACGUUGUAAUCGAGUUAGCGUGGAGGCAUAACAUCAUGGACUUUGCAAUGCCAUUCCUUAUUCAGACUGUUCGAGAGCUAACGACAAAGGUCGAGAAGCUCGAGGAAGCAGACGCGAAGCGCAGCACAGAGAGUGCGGAACACGAAGCCAAACCUGCCAUGAUUAUGGAGCCACAGCUUAUGCUUACAGCAGGUCCAUCGAUGGCUUACCCCGGCGUGCCGGCGCAAGCGUCCCCAUACGCGUACGCGGCGCAGGCGCCUUCACCCGCGCCCUACCACGGCUACGGCAUGUAGGGAACCGCCUCCCCUCAUGCCUGGGGGAACUACGCUCACUUCUGAGCCUCCGCACCCUCGCACCACCGCGUGCCGCCACCCGUCCUUCACCCGUCGACACCCACUACCACCAGUCUUCAUCACUCGGGGACCGGCGGACGGGUUGCGGCCGCUCGCGGUCACGUCGCUCCUGAACUCUUUGCACUUGUGACUCCCCAUUUUCGUGACCGUAUAUACUUUGUUUAGGUGUGCUUACAUGGGUCAUUCUUUUAAUAAUAAUAGCCCGUCCAUCUGCUGGAGGUAACUAAUAUUAUGUUACUCUAUUUAACUCGGUAUUAGUGUGACAGUAUCCAUAGCAACAAGUGAUAUGUUUACAUAACGAUAAAUUAUUUUAUGUUGUUGUGGUUUUGUGUCUUCACAAAUGUUGCCCAAGAUCUAGCAUUUUUAAUUAUUUAUAAAGAAGCACCUUAAGUGUUUUGUUUCUUUUCUGGUCGAGGCCUAACAUUCGAGUUAGUAUUUUGGAUUUAAUAUAUUUGUAAAAAAGUAUUAUAAAUGUAGUCGCAGGUGCAUAGAGAUAAAUGAGGAAAUUUAGCCAUUUCGGCUAUAUAUGGAAUGAAAAUUGUUAGCGUGUACAAAUUAUAUUAAUAUAUAUAGAAUGCUAUGUAACUCUCACGACUAAAAGUGCUUUAUUUUUAUCAGGAGUGAGAGUGAUCUAGAGAAAUUUAAUUAUCAUGCCUUUAAAACAAUUAGCGGAAUAGUUCCAAAGGGGUAAAAUUCUCUACACAAUAAUAUGAUUGUGUAAAAUUGUUUAUGUCCAAACUUAUGCCCCGUUGGAUACAUAUUUCAUUGCUAAUUAUUGUGGAAUAUGAAAUGCAUACAAGCUGAUUACAUCCAUCUAUUUAUGUUUUUAUAGCUAUAACUCUAAAAAGUGAUGCAUGAACAUGUGCUACCACCGUAAGUGUACAUUGUAAUGCGUGCAUUCAUUCUAUAUCGGCAUUUCUGUAUACUCCUAAAACAAUAACUUAAAAUACUAAUAAAAAUUAUAUUGUAAAAUAUUAUAAUAUGUAGUGAGUGCAUUCGUUUGUGCGCAUUUCUAGUUUUGUGAAUUUAGUGCAACAGCUGCGACCAAAUUUGUUAGAUUUGCCGUCGGAGCUUAGUUCUGCAGGUAAAUCAAUAGAAAAAUACAUUUUUGUAGAUAGUUGUUGUACGUCGCAAUAAAUUAUAUCGAUGAAAAGAAAAAAAAAUAAUUGUAAUAAUUACUGUAAUGGUACUUGAUUUAUUAUCACUAUUAUAUAGAGUUACUCAUUUCUUUUUGUAAAAUAAUGAAUGAGUCAUAUUUGUUAUUUUUAUACAAGAAAUACUAGAUACUGGUUUAUAACAAUAUAUUGGUUUGAUGAUACAGGCCUAGUCUGACGGUACAUUAAGAUACAGUGCAGUAAAUUGGUACUACUCGUGUUUUACACUAACAUGUUCCAGCCAAUGCAAAAUAUAAAUGGAAAUCAACCAACGAAAAUAUGUAAAUUUUACUACAAGUUGUCAAGUUAUAUGUAUAUAAUGCUUACGAUGUAGAUGUCGGCACGGCCAGUUGAAAUUAAUCGAAAUUAUCACACCGGAUUAUUCGAGUUUACUUUAAUAAUAAAUGAAUAUGUUCUAGGUAUAUUUUAGAUAUAGUUUAGGUGGAAUAGUUAGCGGUACGAUGUUAUUUUUCCAAGUAAUGUAUUGGCGUGUGCAAUGAUUUGUAACAAUCACGCGUGUUGCUUACGUUGCGUUAAUGUAUUAUCACAUUGAUUGAUGCCUUCAUUAGAUGAUUAAGGUACAAUUAUUAUGUAUUGGCAGGCGUUUUGGGGCACUCUCGUAUUUUAUAUUGUUUUUUAAUUAUUAUUAGUACGGUUAUUUUUUUUUAACAAUAAUGACAUCCCCAUAAAUGCCUCGUCAGCAUAAUGUAGUCCAGCCGACUCCAUGCAGCGUUACACUGGUGUAACAUUGUGAUUGCGAGCCGUUAUGUUAAUAAAAUAAUAAUCAUUGAUGUUAAAUGAUUCAUUCAAAUCAUUCCUAUCAUUAACAAUAUUGUUACAAGUUUCUCUUUCUUUCGUAAUAAAUAUAACAAAUAAUAACGUAAAAAGCAAAAGUUCAUUGUUUAUUAUUAGCAUUGUAUUUAUUCAUGUAUGAUACUGUUUCCCUGAAUUUUAUUAUAGUAAGAUUAUAUUAUAUGAAUAAAUUAUGA